AUUAUCAAAGAACUCGCGCUAGCAAUCGAGGUGCAUAUUCUACCAAAAUGCAUUCAAGAGGGUCUUCAAAGAAUAAGAAUAGAUCCAAGUCAGAAAAUGAGAAUCAAAGUCAUGGAGAUUACAUGUCUGAGAAAAUUCGAAAACUUGAGGAGCAGUUCCGAAGUGAUGCACCAACAAAUAAGGAGAAGUCAGGAACGUCGACGGCCAUAUUUCGCGGGGUCACCAUCCAUGUGAACGGUUACACAGAUCCUUCGUCAGAUGAACUGAAGCGACUGAUGACAGUGCAUGGUGGGAUGUAUCAGCACUACUACUCUGUAUCAAGGGUCACACAUAUCAUUGCAACGAACCUUCCCUAUGCCAAGUUGAGGCAGUUGAAGAAUGAGAAGAUUGUCAAACCUAACUGGAUAACAGACAGCAUCAAGGCUGGUCGCUUGCUUCCUUCCUUGCCCUAUGAACUGUACACAGACCGGUCUUCUCGUCAAAACCAAGCUGUUCUGACGUAUUUCAAGGGACCAAAAGACAAAUCCGGUGCUUCAAACGUUCCUUCGACAGCAACCAAAGCAGCUCAAGAUGAAGAAGCAAGUGACAAUGUUCCUCAAAAACAGGACACAGGUUCUGCUCUUUCUGAGGCAGACAAGAGUUUUGAUACACCCGACACAAACACCCAUGGAAAAGGCAGAUCGAUCGGCAUGGCCACUGCAGGAGACUCUAACUUCCUGUCAGAGUUCUACAACAAUUCUCGACUGCAUCACAUAUCAACAUGGGGAGCGGAGUGCAAGGCGUAUGUUAAUGAACUCCAAAGAAACGGGGAUGCCACUUUUCCAGGAAAGCAGAGGCUCCUUGCCAUCUUGAAAGAAAAGAGGCAAGGUCCAGCCGAGAAAUGUGAGCUUGGAGCGGGUGGGACACAGGAUGAUGAAGAGCGAGAGUGGAUUGAGGAUUCCACGGUAGGUACCGAAGGAAGGGAAGGUCGGACUACAAGAUCAAACAAGAAGGCUGCAAAAAAGGAGACUACGAGAAGGAUUAUGCACAUUGACAUGGACUGUUUCUUUGUAUCCGUUGGUCUAAUCAAACGGCCAGACCUUGUUGAAAAGCCUGUAGCCGUGACGCACUCAAAAGGACAGAGCGGCAUGUCCGAGUACAGGCAGGAAAUCAGUCAGUUUGAGCGGGAGUAUUAUGAAAAGAAGUAUGGUUCUGAUGCCUCACGCCAGAACCACAAGGAAGACCAGAGCAACUGUUCUGCAGACUCCGAAGGGACUGGUAAAGCAGGAGGGGCAGUGUCUUCGUCCAGUAGCAAACCUAAAGACACUUUCCACUCAAUGGCUGAUAUUGCCUCUUGCAACUAUGAAGCUAGGAAAGCUGGUGUAAAGAACGGUAUGUCCAUGGGGAGAGCUAAGUCGCUGUGCCCUGAACUCCAGACGAUUCCGUACGACUUUGACGGCUAUAAGAGGGUCUCGCAGAAGCUCUAUGAUAUCGUAGCCAGCUACACACAUGACAUUGAGGCAGUAAGCUGUGAUGAGAUGUUUGUUGAUAUCUCCGGGAUCUUGAAAGAGACUGGAGCCUCUCCCGAUGACUUUACUCGGGUUCUUAGACAAGAGAUCAAGGAUGAAACACAGUGCAAUGCCUCUGCUGGAAUUGCUUCCAGUAUCCUUCUUGCCCGAAUGUCCACCAGGGUGGCUAAACCGAAUGGACAGUUCAUCUUAGAAUCUCAUGCUGUUGAUGACUUCAUUAGGACCCAACCAGUCAAAGACUUACCAGGGGUUGGGAGGUCCACUACUCGCAAGAUGGAAGCACUGGACAUCAAAACCUGUGCUGACUUGCAGCAGCUGUCCAUGGGGGCCAUACAGAAAGAGUUUGGACAGAAGACCGGUCAGAUGCUCUACGGAUUCUGCCGAGGGCUGGACGAUCGACCGAUACGCCAGGAGCAGGAGAGGAAAUCGGUUUCGGCGGAGGUGAACUAUGGCAUCAGAUUUAAACAGGAGGCCGACUCUGAGAAGUUUAUCACAGAGCUAGCAGCAGAGGUCCACAAGAGACUUACGGCUAUCAAGAUGCUUGCUCGGACUAUCACUAUCAAAUUAAAGGUUCGCCAUCCCGAUGCACCGAAGGAAACUUCAAAGUUCAUGGGUCACGGCAUAUGUGAGGACAAGGCUAGGUCCUGUACCCUUGGCCAAGCCACUGACGAUCUCCAAGUACUGCAGAGGGAGAGCAAGAAACUCCUGAAGGAAUUGCAGGUCCCAGCUGUGGACAUGAGAGGGGUUGGUAUUCAGUUGAGCAAGCUCAGCUCAUCUACCCAAGCAGGAAGCCUGCCUAGUAAAUCCAUUGCCGCUUUCAUGACGAAACCCAAGCCUGCUGACACCGCACCCGACCCUGAUCCUCAGAGAGUCACCGAUCAGUCAAUCAGCCCUUCGGAAGCAGCUUCAGCUGCAGCUUCCACUCCAUCGGGUUCCAAAUCCAAAGUCAGGACCAUGCUGAACUUUGUCUCCAAGCGGCCGGCAGACGCCGAAGCGGUUGCCGAGAAGGCGGAUGCUGCAGAAUCUCCUUCAAAGACACCACGGAAGAAGCGGAAAUCGGUUCUCCCUCCCCUGCCGUUUAUGCCUGGUCCUGCAGGGCCGAAGUCCAGUCACCUCUCAAAUAAUUUAGCGCUUCCAUCCCCUUCUCAGAUCGAUAUGUCAGUACUACAAGAACUUCCAAAAGACAUACAGGAGCAGAUCCUGGAGAGCUACAAGGGACAGAAACCAAGUCAUUCUGCAAGCAGCAGAGAUGCAUCUGAACCAAGCACUUCAUCUGGCAUCACAGAUUCGAGCAGGUGGGACCAAGGUGUGAUCGGGUCUGUGCCUCCGCAUAUCUUGGAAGAACUGAUCCAGGAUGAUCCCAACCAGGGAAUGUCGUCACUGGGUGUGGUCGAAGCUCUUCCAUCAUUCUCUCAGAUUGAUCCGUCAUGUCUCGAGGCUCUCCCUGCCGAUCUUCAAGAGGAGCUUAGAUCAGCUUAUCGUGGGAAGCAGGCAACUGGUCAGCCUGAACCAGAGCCAGAGAGAGAAGUCAGGAAGAUAGAGACUAGAUCCCAGAACAGAUCACCGGCCAAACCCAGCCCAGCCAAGAGCCCUUUCAAGAUCAGGAAAAGAGGAAGGCCAAAGAAAGGAAGUCCUUUUGGUAAAGCUAACAACCCCAAGCGACCUCGGUGGCAGAUGGACAUACAACAGAUGAUAACUCGAAACCAGACUCCGCCCAAGCCAUCAGCCGGAGGUCAGCGACAGGAGGCAAUGUCGCCUAGCAACAGCGGUCCUCAGCCUCAAAGGAAUGAAGAGAGGAAUCUCAAAGAAGAUGAGAAUAGGACGGAGGAGGACAAAGUGGAGAGAAGUGUUGAAGAUUCGGAAGUCAAUCUUUGUGGUGCCGUGGAAUUAUGGGAUGUGAAAGUACUUCUAAAGGAAUGGAUAGCAUCAACCAACGAUCCAGUCGAUGAAGAUAUAGGAUUCAUAGUUCAGUAUUUGAGAGAGCUGAUCUUGGACAGGAACCUUGAAAUGGUUGACCAUGUCAUGAGAAGUCUCAUUAGAUCGGUGAAACGGCAAGGAUCUGGCCCUUGGCUGGAGGCAGUCGAAGUGGUGGUAUCUCGGAUACAGCACACAAUGGGUCAAAUAUACAACGUCCGUCUCAAGAUUGCCCCAUCAUGAAACGUCCUGUCAUAGAAAGGGCUUGGACCUACAUGUACUUCAACUUUACUAGAAUUCCAGUCCUGGUAAGCUUUUCUUUCGAUGAAACACGAUGCUACUUCAGGUCAAGUAAAUUCCACUAUUAGGCUUU